AUGGUGUCUCUAUUAGGGUGGCUUCUACUGCCACAAUUGGUCGCGGCGCUGCAGUCUCUCCCACCAAUCCCACCGGCAAAUAAAAGCGGCCUUGGCUUCUCGUUGAGCAAACAUGGCGCAAAGAUAUACAUUGACAGCGCCUUUGCUGACAAGAGAGAUUCUGAAGGCCUUACGCUGAUACCACCAAGCGCUGAAGAGUUUGCUGAGACGUUCCGCGCAGAUCUGUCAUCAUUGCUGGGUGGUCAGUGGACACUGGAGCGUGUUGAUGAGCUCCCGUCAGCCGGAAUCAUCCUAGGACCUUUCCGGGGAAAUAAGAAUCAACUGACUUAUGAGAACGGAGUCGCGACAGAAGAAGGGUAUGAGCUUGAUGUUGGCAAUGGCAGCAUCUACAUUGGCGGGACUGGUGCGCGAGGCAUGUUCUGGGGUACUCGGACUGUGCUCCAGGAAUUGCUCAUAAAGAAUGGAUCAUUGCCAUGUGGAAGCAUUGUUGAUGCGCCGGCAUACGCAACACGUGGAUAUAUGCUUGACGCCGGGCGGAAGUGGUACGCCAAGGACUUUCUCAAAGAGCUCUGCUCGUACGCCUCAUUCUUCAAAAUGUCAGAGUUUCACUACCACUCGAGUGACAACUACCCGUUGAACCGUGGCCACAACGAGACCUGGCAGGACGUAUUCUCGCAUUUCUCGCUGUACCCAGAGGAGAAUACAGAACUCCGAGCAAUCAUUCAGCGCCCCAACGAAACACUAUCACGCGCCGACUUUGAGGAUUUCCAACGCCAUUGCGCACAGCGCGGUGUUACUGUCAUUCCAGAGAUUGAGGCGCCGGGCCACGCGCUCGCAAUCACAAAGUGGAAGCCAGAGCUAGCCUUGGAUAAGAAGGACCUGCUAAACCUCAGCCAUCCCGAUGCAAUCCCCACGGUGAAGGCUAUAUGGACUGAAUUCCUACCAUGGUUCCAAACGAAGGAGGUGCAUAUCGGCGCCGACGAGUACGACUCUGAUCUAGCUGACGACUACAUCAAUUUCGUCAACGAAAUGGAAGAUUUUAUCAAGAGCACGUCUGGGAAAGACGUCCGUAUCUGGGGCACAUAUGAGCCAUCCGAGAACCUUACCAUUUCCAAGGACAUCAUCAUCCAGCACUGGCAGUACGGCCAAUCCGACCCCGUAGCGCUGCAAAACGACGGCUACGACAUCAUCAACUCGGAGGACUGGUGGGCAUACAUGAGCCUCAAAAAUGACCAUAUGCCCAUCCUGCCAGCGCCGUACCCCCAGUUCUACAAUGUCACUCGCACCCUCGACUUUGCCAACGUGCCAAACUGGCAGUGGGAGCCCUCGCUAUACAACCCUUUCAAUACCACGCAACAGCUGCAGCCAGGCGCCAGAGGCAACAAAGGCGCUAUCCUAGCUGCGUGGAACGACAACGGCCCAGACGCAACCACCCAGCUCGAAGCCUACUACGCCAUGCGCGACGGCAUCCCCGUCAUGGCCGCGCGCGCCUGGUCCGGAGCCCGCGGGGAAAAACUCAACCCAAACUCCCUCGCAGACAGCAUCGCAUUCCUCGCCCGCAAAGCCCCAGCCCAAAACCUCGACCGCCGCAUCUCACACCCUCCUCCAGCAUACCCGCCCUCGCCACGCAUCUUCUCCUGGGCCCCGACGCGCGCCCCGCAAAACAGCAUAAACACUACGCUAGAUCUGCCUCUAGAACUGGGUUCCUACGGUCCCCCCUACACACUCACGCUAAAUGCCUCCUCGCCAUUUACGCUCUCGGGUCCAGACACCGCGCUUAGCAACAGUGCAACUGCAACACUCACUUUCACAACCGCAGAUCACAUGCCCUACCCGCUGCGCGCCGUGUCUUUACACGACAGCCAGACCGGCCGUAUCUGGACGAACGCAACUGCCUCUUCGCAUGUACCCGUUGCGAUUAGGUUGCCGGCGGUGCUGCGCGUUGAGACGGAUGUGCAUCGCGGCAGUCGGGUGUGGGUCGACGGCGUGUUUGCGGGCCGCUUCGAGGUGUUUGUGUUUGGGGGGCGGAAUACGCUGUUUAGCUGGAGUCAGAUGGCGUUUGUGGCGCCGGUGGGGGGUGUGCUGGGGGGUGUUGAGGGCGUGGUGUUGGAGGAGGGGGUGAGUGAGUGA